GGUAGAUUGGUGCCGUUACAAACCUGCGUACACCGGUACAGAUUGCUUUUUAAGUCUGCUAGUCUUUCAUGUGUGCGGUCAGCUGGAGAAUCUCAAGAUGCACAUCAUCAAUCUCGAUAAAUGUAACAAUUUUGAAAGUGUUCUAUCCCGCAGUAUUCAAAAUCAUAUACGUCUUAUCAGAUCGAUCAAUAUCAUUGAUAAUAUAUUCACCUUGAUACUUCUUGGGGCGCUCUUUUACUUUAGCAUAUUAUUUGCUUUUUAUGGUUUUUUAUUCUGUACUAUAAUAACACAGCAUGACAAUAUCUCUGUAUUGCGUUCAUCUUUCAUCAUGACAACAUUUGUUAAUUCAUUUGCGCAUACUUGCCUCUAUUGUGCCGUGGGAGAAAUUUUACUCGCGCAAUGUGAGGAAGUUUACAAGGCUGCAUGCGAGCUCAAAUGGUACAUGAUGGAGCCCAAAAAAGCGAGAAAUCUAUUGACCAUAAUGAUCUGUACCAAUAGACCGAUGUAUCUUACUGCAGGAAAGCUGUUCCCUAUGACAAUGGCUACAUUUUGUAACUUACUAAAGACAUCAGGCGGUUAUAUAUCAGUCUUGCUUGCACAUCGGUAAUAUAAACGAGAAAAUGUAAACAGUAUCUGAUUUUAAGGUAAGGCAUUGCA